AUGUCCUCCAACGUCGGUCUCACAACUCCAAGAGGCUCUGGUACCUCAGGCUACGUCCAACGCAAUCUCUCCCAUCUCAAACCCCGUGACAAUUUUGCGCCAUAUCCCAAGGACUACGACUUGCUGAAGCACCGACAGCGCAAGCCUGACAAGGAGAUAUUGGAUCACGAUAGGUUGCGGGAGGUGGAGGUCAAGGUGUAUGACCUAAGGGAUAAGCUUGAGGAUGAGGGUGUUGACGAAGAAGAAAUUGAGCUCCAAACCUCCGCCCUACGCCAGAAACUUAGCUCCUUAGCCCCCUCUGACUCGAGAUCGGAUCGCAAAGGACAAUUCAAACCACAUCAGGUACACGAGCUGGCGCAGGCGAAGAUAGAAGAGAGCGAGAAGCUAAGGAAGGCGUUGGGGAUAAGUGCGAACUAUGAAGAAGGAUCGCAUUGGAAGAAACAAGAGGAGAGACUGAGGGACGGCUUGGGCGAGAAAGAGCGGGAUAGGUGA